AUAGUAAGCCGUCAAUGUGAAGGCGUACGCAAAUCCAAGCACGUGCGAAGCCACGCUGGAGACACAUCACGCACGGAUGCGCGCGGCGCGUCGGACCUGCCCAACUCCGACCAGCGUGAUGAGAGCAUUUUUAGUCAUCGGGACGCUGGACGCGCUGGACGCGCGGACUUUGCCGCUCGGGCUUCACGGGAACGCGGCGCAACGGGGGUUUUAACCUGGAUGAACCGGAGACUCGGGCUCUCCUCAUUCGAACACGUGUCAUGUCGGAGGGAAGCGACCCAGCGGAGCCCGACGUUCGCCGGGAGGGCGAGCGCAGCCCCGGUUCGUUCGCCUUCGGAGACGACCUGGAGUUGAACCGGUUCGACGGCUUGCCCUUUUCUUCGCGUUACUACAAACUGCUCAAAGAGAGGAAGACUCUGCCCGUGUGGAAGGUCAAGUGUGAGUUUGAGGACGCUCUGGUCAGCAGUCACGUGGUUAUCGUCUCCGGGACAGCGAGGACCGGCACGAGUACGCAGAUCCCUCAGUGGUGCGCGGAGUUCUGCCUGUCGGCCCGGUACCAGCACGGCGUGGCCGCGUGCACGCAGACGAGCCGGCGCCGGGCCGUGGACCUGGCCCUGCGCGUGGCCGACGAGAUGGACGUCAACGUAGGCCACGAAGUGGGUUACGCCAUCCCCCUGGAGACCUGCUGCUCCUCCGACACGGUUCUGAGAUACUGCACUGAUGACAUGCUGCUGCGGGAGAUGCUCUCGGACCCCUUCCUGGAGCACUACGGAGUCAUAAUCGUAGACCAGGCCCAUAACAGAACCGUCAGCACCGACAUCCUGCUGGGCCUCCUCAGGGACAUUCUGCUCCACAGACCGGAGCUGCGGGUGGUGGUCCUCGCCGUCGGGCCCACGGUCGACAGGCUGCGGCGGCACUUCGGCAACGUGCCGCUCAUCCGCCUGGAGGCCUCCUGCACCGCCGAGGUGGUCCACAGCACCGGCACCGGCACCAGCCAGGACCACUUCUACUCCGCUCUGCGGCUGGUGCUGGAGCUCCACCGGUCCAAGGAGGACGGCGAUGUUGCGGUGUUUUUGGCCUCCGACGAGGAGGUUCCGUGCGCUUACAGGAUCCUCAGGCGCGAGGGCACCCGGCUGGGAGUGGACCUGGGCCCGCUGGAGCCGGUGGUCCUGGGCCCGGGCCAGAGCGGACCGCCACCCGCUCUGAGCGCUCAGCCGACGCCCAAGAAGCCCAGGAGAGUGUACCUGUGCAGCCGACAGGGCGAGGACCUGUGCUGGGCUGCAGAGGCUGUCGGCUUUGUCAUCGAUGCCGGAGUUCAGAAGAAAAUGGUGUAUAAUCCAAGAAUAAGAGCGAACUCAGAAGCACUUCAGCCCAUCAGUCAGUGUCAGGCUGACAUUCGCAAGCAGCUCUCGGAGCCAGGAGGUAAAUUCUUCUGCCUGUAUUCAGAGGAGAAGCAGCUUCCUGCAGAGAACUCCCCACAGAUCCUAGAGUCCAACAUUACGGCAACAGUGCUGUUCCUGAAACGGAUGGAGAUAGCCGGGCUUAGACAGUGUGACUUCAUUGACCGGCCAGACCCCGAGGGUCUCAUGCAGGCGCUGGAGGAGCUGGACUACCUGGCGGCGCUGGACGACGACGGCAACCUGUCGGAGAUGGGCAUCAUCAUGUCCGAAAUCCCCCUGGAGCCUCAGCUGGCCAAAGCGCUGCUGGCGUCCUGCGAGUUCGACUGCGUGAGCGAGAUGCUGACGAUGGCGGCGAUGCUGUCGGCUCCGAGCUGCUUCCUGGAGCCGCCUGCUGGCAUGACCCGCGAGGCGGCCCUGUGCCACAGGAAGCUGCAGCAUCCUGAAGGGGACCACUUCACUCUCAUCAACAUCUACAAUGCCUUCAAACAAAGCCAGAAGGAACCAUACUUCAGUGCUGAAAAGUGGUGCCAGGACUAUUUUCUGGACCAUUCCGCCCUAACGAAGGCCGAGGCCAUUCGUUCGGAGCUGAGCGACACCCUUCACAGGAUCGAGCUCCCCGUGUCUGAACCGUCCUUUGGAACCAAAGCCAACGCCCUCAGCAUCAGAAGAGCUCUGCUGGCCGGGUUCUUCAUGCAGAUCGCCCGAGACGUCGACGGCUGCGGAAACUACUUCAUCCUGACGCACAAACACAUGGCCCAGGUGCACCCGCUGUCCUGCUACGGGGCGCAGUCGCACAAGAUGGGGCUGCCAGAGUGGGUCGUUUUCCACGAGUACAUGCUGUCGGAGAACUGCAUGAGGACGGUCUCUCAGAUUUCCCCCAGAGAGUUCAUUCAAAUGGCACCGCUGUAUUUCUUCUACAACCUGCCCCCUAGCGAAAGCAAAGACAUCCUGCAGGACAUGUUGGACCCAGACGGGUCCAGAAAACGAAAGGAGGAGAAGCAAACAGACGCUGCACUCAGCAGCGAUGGGAACAAUGGCUGCGCAGUGGCUCUGCAGACGUACGACAGAUGUGCGAUCCAGUGACGAGCAAAACUGGACAGCAGAUAUUUAAAUACUUUUAUACGCUUGUAAAGACACUUAGUUAAUCCAAACCACCCUGUAUAUUUGGUUACUAACAGUAGUUUCUAACAGUAUGUACUCUGACCCCAUCAGCUGAAAGUGUUGAGUUGGAAAUGAAUAACAGGUGUUUCUAGUAUCAUUAGGUUUAUUUUGUCAUCUCUUUAGUCCAAUGUGGAAAAACACACACAGAGAAGCUGCAGAUAGAUGCCGUCUGUUUCCCUCAUCUCCUGUGAAGGAGUGGCUGCACCGCUGUGAUCCAUGUCCAAGCUGAAGAGUAAUGCUUCACCAGUCAUCUGCUUCCUUUGUCUAAUGUCUUAUGCAAUAUUUUUAGAAGCGUUUUAGCAUCGGUCUCUUCAGGUUAAUGAGUUUUGCAUGGGGUGUAGAUAUAAUGAAUUGACACACAGCUAAUUAAGACAAAUGCUGAGGUUUACCCUAUUUAUUAAUAAAUUGUCUGGAGAAUAGUCUGCUGAUUAUGAAAAUGUCUGAUUUAACAAUAGGUGAAGGAACACGUCAGUAUGAAACACAUAAGGUUUACAAUUACAAACCUCUUGGUGCAAAGUGAACCAUG